AGUUUCAUUUUAAUAUUUGGAACUACAAAAACUGAUAAACUUCACAAAAUUAUUUUCUAAAAUAUUUAAUAUUGCAAAAUUUUAAGUUGAAACACAAAUAUUUUCGAAUGUUUCGCACAUUUCUAUUUGGUCAAUCGGUGCAAAAUUCCAGUUUAUGAAGGCUACAGCAAUAAAUGUCAAGCCGCGGUGAAAUUAUACAAAUUCAUAUUGGACAAGCCGGGGUGCAAAUAGCGAAUGCCUGUUGGGAAUUGUAUUGUCUGGAGCAUGGAAUCAUGGCGAAUGGCGCGUUGUGCCAGAUGCCCAACGACGACUCGUUUCUCACGUUUUUCGGCAUAUCGGGCAUGGCACUGAAAGUUGUGCCACGCAUAAUCAUCGUCGAUACGGAGCCAACAGUUAUUGACGAAAUACGAACGGGCGCCUAUCGUUACCUCUUUCAUCCGGACACUCUUAUAAGCGGCAAAGAAGAUGCGGGCAGCAACUUUGCGCGCGGCUAUAACCUCUUGGGUCAUGAUCUCAUCGAUCGCACAAUGGACGCUAUACGGCGAGUGGCAGAACAGUGCCACAAUCUACGUGGUUUUCUAAUAUUUCGCGCCAUAGGCGGUGGUACAGGCUCCGGAUUCGGCACGCUGUUACUGGAGAAUCUGGCCGAAGCGUAUGGCAAAAAGACGACGAAAGCGGAGUUUUUAGUAUUCCCUUCACCCUCGCUAUCGCCCAUUAUUGUGGAGCCCUACAACGCCCUCUUGGCAACACACUACUCCAUGGAUUAUGUAGAUGUAUCGUUUAUUGUAGAUAAUGAAGCCCUGUAUGAGAUUUGUGACACAAAACUUGGCGUUUCAGCGCCGACCUACACGAAUUUAAACCGCAUCAUAGGACAGGUGGUUUCAGCAUUUACGGCGUCGCAGCGCUUUUAUGGCACCAACAACGUUUCCUUCGAGGAAUUCCAAACGAAUCUAGUGCCGUAUCCACGUAUACACUAUCCCCUACUCACAUAUGCGCCGCUGGUGCCGGUCAGUAAGUAUCCUUACGUGAACAGCGAUGUGGGUCAGCUGACGCAGUCGUGCUUCCAUCCAGGCAAUCAAAUGGUGCGUUGUAAUCCAACGCUGGGCAAGUAUAUGGCCUGUGUGCUGCUCUACCGAGGUGACGUUUCGCCGAAUGACAUUAAUGUCUCGAUACAGCAAAUUAAAUCGUCUCGAACUACGCGUUUUGUGGACUGGACACCGACCGGUUUCAAAAUUGGCGUGAAUGCCAUGCCGCCUGUCUUUGUGCCGGGCGGUGAUUUGGCGCCGACAUCGCGCGCAGUCUGCGCCAUUUCCAACAACACGAUCAUACGAAGCGCUUGGUGUCGGCUGGUCAGUAAAUUCGACAAGCUGUACAAUAGACGCGCUUUCGUGUAUCACUUUGUGGGCGAGGGUAUGGAGGAAGGCAGCCUAUCGGAGGCAUCGCAAAACGUGUGUCAGCUUGUUGCUGACUACUAUGAAGUAGAGUCCUCGGCGCGCAGUUCAGCAACGCGUGCGUAUGACGAAUGAGUUUUCGUUUUAAUGCAAUCAAAAAAGCAAAAAAAAAAAGAAAUUAUUGUUUUUGUUUUACGUAAACUAUGAGAAGAUGGAAACCGAAUAUAUUUAAUUUUUGUAAACUCAAAAA